CUGCCCGUGCGGCAAGUUUUGCCAUAGGAUUACAGUUUAACAGCAGCAAUACAGCAGCAUUAAUUCCCAUGUAGGAGCGAAUGGUUCAUCCGGAACGACAACCACGAGCCACGACGACGACUUCGACUCUGCUACCACCGCCCAAGCCGCACGACGUUACCGGCGACAUUUUCCACAACUGGAACAUCUGGAAAAGAAGAUUAAAUUUGAAGCGCAAGACGACGAAUACUCACCGGGCGUCCGAGCUGUGCGUGGUGGCAAGGGAACAUCUGGUGGCAGCGAGCCGCCUCCACCACCUCCACCACUUCCACCACCUCCAACAUCGCCACCACCAAAAAUGUCCGCUCCUUCCGGCUCUUCAGCUGCACACAGAGGGAGAAUGGGAACUCAACGAACGAUGCCGCAAGACGAGGACGGCUGAUUGAGCGAGAAUGCCGUGUGGCACUAGCCAAUGGUGCAGUGGACUGCAGGGGCUUCCCCCUGCAAGGAUAAUGGCCCACCCGAAUACUAAUAAAUCUUUCAUUCUCUGUCUCUGAGGGGGAAUGCCA